AUGUUCGACAUUGUUUGUGUGCGACUAGGGGGGUUGUUUUGGUUGGAUAACUUCUAUUGUACUAAUUAUGAGAAGAAAGGGUUGUUGACGAGAUUGAUCGGGAGAUUCGGGUAUGCAAAGUUGAAAUGGGUUGUGGGAGAGAAGGUCGAUGCAGCAUCUGGGAUGUCUGAAUUUUAUCAAUCUGCUGUGCUGCAAAACCCAGCAAGAGUCUGA